CCUGGCAACUCCGGACACCGGUCUAUUCUGUAGUUACAGAGGGAAGAUGGUGGACUUGGCGACAGCAGCGUUCUGUAAACUCCGUCCUAAACACUUCGAAAAGUAUUUACCUUCUCAACCUGGUGUUAGGUAUAGAUUACCCGGGGACAGUCAUAGAUAAUACACGGAGAAAACCGUUUAAGAGAAUGAUUUUUUCGCUUCCGGGCAACUCUGUAUUCUGGGACUGAAGACAGCGGAGAGUUGUAAAACGUGGUGGUUGGUGUGUUCAUCACGGUGCUAGCCAGCGUUAACCAAAGUGCGAAAGAAAGUGGCUUUUUCACAGCAUUUAACCGAUCGGAAGAACUGAAGCACGCGGACCAUUUGGCUGGUGUCUGUUGCUUUUCUUCAAACGUGUAAUCAGUGAGGAACGGACUUGAAGCAGACUAACUGUAGCAGUUACCUCAGCUAGCUUUGUUGUGACCCGGAGGAAGUGAGCGCCGCUCGACAUGCCGCGGAGUAAAAAAGGGAAACGUGGCUCCAGUAAGCCGGGUUCUCUCCGUCAGGAGGUUCUUCAACUGCAGCUUUCAACCAAAGCAUCACAGAAAGGUGUUAGAAAUGGGAUGAAGGGAGAGUCUGCUGCCAGCGAUGAUGAGCUGAUGUCUGAUAUUCUUAGCCACUGCAGUAGUGCCAGCGAAAGUGUCUCUGUGCUGGAAGAAGGCACAGGGAGUGAGCAGGUGGAUGAGCAGACUGCCCAGGAGGAAACAGAAGACAAGCUCAAACAGUGUAUAGACAACCUAAUGGAGAAGAGUGCAAAGACGCGUCUAGCAGCCCUCGAGUCAUUGCGACUGGCCUUCUCCUCCAAAGUGCUGUAUGACUUCAUGACAGAGAGACGCCUCACUGUGAGCGACUGUCUAGAAAGGAGUCUUAAAAAAGGCAGUGGGGAGGAGCAGGCAGCCGCAGCCACAGUCUUGACCCUGCUUUGUAUCCAGCUGGGAGGCGGAGACGAGGCAGAGGAGAGCUUAAAAAUGCUUCGUCCUAUCCUCACUGCCAUCCUGAUUGACAACAGUGCCAGUAUAGCAGCUCGCCAAAGUUGUGCCAGGGCUUUGGGAAUGUGCUGUUACGUCUCAACUGCUGAAGAAGGGGAGGACUUGAUCAAGUCAUUGGCUCUUCUGGAGAGCAUCUUUAUGUCUUCCUACCCCAACAGAGAGGGAACACUGCCUACACUAAAACCUGGCAGUCCAGGCCUCUACAGUGCAUCCCUACAGGCCUGGUCGCUGCUGGUCACCCUCUGUCCUCCUUCCAGACUGAACGUGGUGCUGGACUUUCACCUUCCUAAGCUGCAAGCUUGUCUUCAAAGCAGCGAUGUUAACUACAGGAUUGCUGUGGGAGAGACCAUUGCCCUGCUGGUGGAGUUGGGUCGAGAUAUAGAUGAGGAGUUUGAGGUGCAGGACAGUGAAAGCCUCUGUGAGUGUUUGAAGAGUUUAGCCACAGAUGGCAACAAACACAGAGCCAAAAACGACAGAAGGAAACAACGUUCUAUCUUCAGAGAGGUCCUUCACUACAUAGAGAACGAGGAUUUCACAGAGGAGAAGAUCAGGUUUGGAGUGGAGAGUGUUUACAUCGACAGCUGGUUAAGAAGAAGAAUCUAUGAUGCCUUCAAGGAGAUCCUGGAAUCUGGAGUUAGACACCAUCUACAGUUUAACCCACUACUGCGGGACAUCUUUGGCCUUGGACCCCCCCUCAUCUUGGACGCUUCCAUCAAAACCAACAAGAUUUCACGUUUUGAGAAGCAUCUUUUCAACUCUGCUGCCUUCAAAGCCAGAACUAAACAGAGGAACAAAGUCAGGGACAAACGUGCUGACGUCAUGUGAGAGAAGGAUGACUAUGAAGUAAAAGGAGAAGGAGAGGAACUCCUCGGGGUGUAUUGAGAUGAAUACAGCACAAUGCCUUCAAGUCCUCACCUGUUACACAUACAAAGAUCCAACAUUAAGGGUUUUUUUUUCUCCCACUUAUCUUCAUGUGCAAAUAAACUCCCCAAGUUUCAAGAAUGAUUGCUUUUUAUCAGUGAAUGUAAGUGUCACAUCAUUGUAAGAAUCCAGAUGGUACAUUUCACAUCUGUGAAACCUUCUUGUUACUGAUGGGUGUUAUUUUUACAGCUCAAACUGUGGUCACAUCUUUAGAUGGGUCAUUCAGGUAGAUUUUUAUUUUUUAUUUUUUUAAAGGCAAGGAAAUGUUCUAGAAAAUCUAUCCUCAACACCAGAUUUAUAAUUCCUCGUUUAUUCCUUCCAUCUUUACACCCAGAAUGGCGACUUCAGCUGCCAAACAAGAGACAGACUUUACAACAAUGCAACCUUUAAAAUAAUGUGUGUGGUGCUUGUGUGUGAGUGUGUUUUUAUUUUACAUUAAUGUAACCAUAAAAUAAAACACUUAAACAGGAAAUCACAAUUUUAACCAUUUCUGGUAAAUAAUUGUAUUUUACUUUCUAAUUUAUUAAGAAAUGUCUUUUUUUUUCUUUUUGAAGCUUAAAUGUUAAAAACUGUUUACAAAUACAAUGAUGGGUAAAGAUGACAAGAAGAAUUUCUAGAGGAUUUAUUUCCUCAUGUAUUUUUGAUGCAGCUUGGUGGGUCAUACAAUAUAUUCACGUAUAUGUUCAAAAUAUACUGAGAAUAGGGAUUUAUGGAAAUAAGUGUAUAUGAAAUAUUAGAGUAAUUAUUUUUUCCCUCUACAGGCAGUUUACACAUGAUCAGAGCUGCUGAAUGGGAGUUUGGGAAUGCUGUUUUAUUGGUGGUCAGGUUGGCAUGUAAAAUUCACUGUACCAUUUGUAGAUUUUAAAAAAUGAAAUGAAAUAAAUUGCUGGUCAUUUUGUGAAACAUGAAGCCAGUACAAAUUUUUUUGCAGGAUCACCGUUAAGAUUCUCUAAACUAUUUUAUCAUUACUUGUGGUGCUUGGGCACAUGAAUUAAAGGUGGAUCAAACUAAAUAAAGAACAUAUGAACACUUGA